UCGCGUCUGACGAGCGAACUCACUACACAGCCGAGCAAGACAGCCAGUACUGAGUCCACGUGCUCCCCGGAUAUAAAUAAGUGUGUUUACUUGAGAAAGAGAGACACACAGAGAGAGAAAGAAUGAGUCUUUGUAAAGCGUUUAGGACCAAUCAAUUUGCGUUGUGAAGGGAGAGCCCUUCUCCGCGGCGUUUGGAGUUAUUCCCAAAAAGUCGGAGGUUGUUCGCUAUUCGUUUUACUUCAGUAAUGGACAAGACUCAUCUUUCAAGCUCUAAUGAGUUAAUAAUGACAAGCUCAACAGGACCUUAUCAACAGGAGCCUCUCACUCCACCCAGGGCCGCACAUCACCAUUCCUCAUCCUCUUCUUUAUCCUCACCCUCUCCUUCCUCCUCGCCCCUUAAACCCAACCAAGUCGGGCAGGUCAUCCUGUACGGAGUUCCAAUUGUGUCACUGGUCAUUGAUAACAACGAGAGAUUGUGUUUGGCACAGAUUUCCAAUACACUCCUCAAGAACUACAGCUAUAAUGAGAUUCAUAAUCGUCGCGUGGCACUGGGCAUCACCUGUGUCCAGUGCACUCCAGUUCAGCUGGAAAUACUCCGUAGGGCUGGUGCCAUGCCCAUUUCAUCACGCCGCUGCGGCAUGAUCACUAAGCGUGAAGCCGAGCGCCUGUGUAAGUCCUUCCUGGGAGAGAACUCGCCGCCGAAACUGCCAGACAACUUUGCUUUUGAUGUUACACAUGAAUGCGCCUGGGGUUGCCGUGGUAACUUCAUACCAGCACGUUACAACAGCUCCAGGGCCAAAUGCAUCAAGUGCUCCUUCUGCAACAUGUACUUCUCCCCAAACAAGUUCAUUUUCCACUCCCACCGCACCCCAGAUGCCAAGUACACCCAGCCUGAUGCUGCCAAUUUUAACUCAUGGCGACGACACCUCAAACUUACUGACAAACACCCUCCCGAAGAGUUGAUCUAUGCAUGGGAAGACGUCAAAGCUAUGUUCAAUGGAGGAAGUCGAAAGAGAGCACUGCCCUCUUCGGCUCACUGUUCCUCCAUGGGUUCUAUGAAGACUCACCCAGGUUCAGUGGGGUCUCACAUAAUGGGACCUGAACUGGGUGCUCAGAAAAGGUCCCGCUUCGAAGAUGAAGAUGAUCUAGAUGGAGGUAGUCUUUCUCCCCGCAAAACAGCCCGCAGCUACCCUGUCAUCCCUGUCCCAAGCAAGGGCUUCGGCAUGUUACAGAAGUUCCCUCCUACAUCUCUCUUCCCUUCCCCUUAUCCCUUCCCAGCAUUUAGCCUGUGCCAGCAGAAAAAAGAGGACAGUGAGGUUUCAGUUGGGCAGAAGGGAGCAGGGUUGUCAGGUCUGUUAUGGCCUGGCCGUAAAGACGCUUUUUACCCUCCUUUCUGUAUGUUUUGGCCACCAAGAGCAGCAGGAGGAAUUCCUGUCCCCACCUAUCUCCAGCCUCAGCCCAGCACCCUCUCCUCCCUGACUGACAACCCCUCUCUCCGCCAGGCCUUUCUAGAUCUCUCAGACCCCGUUGAAUCUGGAGCUGUAAACGGCAAUGGAAACAGUGUCAGUGCAAGCAUGGCCCCUGGCAGUGGGACCACCACAUCUAGAACAGGGCUCUUUGACCCAGAGUGCACAACAGUUACACCUGACCUUCGCCCUGUGACAUCUGAGGGAUGGCUCAAACUGUUGGACAACCCAACACUCCAAACAAGAAAGCCGAGCUACAGUUCUGCCUUUCGCCCAGUCGUUAAGGACGCAGAGAGCAUCGCUAAGCUCCAUGGCAACAGCGGAGGAGCCGCUGGGGCAACAGAUGAAGAUUUUGAAUCUGGGGUUGCUGGAUCGGACCAACAUCAGCGACUGUCGCCUACCAGCAGUUGCAGUUAUGGAAGUGAAAGCGGAGGCGACGGAGAAGCAGAGGGAGGAGAGAGCGAGGAGGAGGGCGAAGUGGAUGUGGAGUCAUCAAAACAGGAGGAAGAGGAGGAGGAAGAGGAGGGGAAUUUCACUAGUAGGCCUCGACAGACUGAAACCAACCUUUAUCUUCCUACUUUGAGUGACAGCACUGGGGAGGAAAGGGGAAAGGAGAGCGGGAAUGGUGCAGUGUAUCCGGGCAUCUCCCCUCAGUCUUCCUCGAAUCCCACCCUACAGGAAUCGCUGAGCUUACCUGCCUCUCCUCGGACCAGUCUGCCUCUCUCCAGCUCUACCCCACCUCACCGAGAAGACACGGCUUACAAAAACGUUCCGAAAAAUAGAGACGAAGGUCUACCUGCAUAUGCGACCAAAGACACUUCCAGCAUUUCUGAUGAAAACAAAGAGCAGAGUAGUUUCUUUGUGCCCGAGAGUGAGACAUCAGCGCCGGACUAUUGGAGGGAGAGCUCAGGUGAUCAGUGCAGAGGUGCUACUUCUCCUGUACCACUAAAGAAGGAUGUUGAAAACAUGGAGAAAGAAGAACUCCAGAAAGUUCUGCUGGAGCAGAUCGACUUCAGGAGACGACUGGAACAAGAGUUUCAUGCUCUGAAGGGCACCUCACCAUUUCCUGUUUUCCAUAAUUUUCAAGAUCAGAUGAAAAGAGAACUCGCCUACAGAGAGGAAAUGGUGCAGCAGUUACAGAUGAUACCCUACGCAAACAUCAUUAGAAAAGAAAAAAUCAGCUCCCAUUUCAGCAAAUAGCCACAAAGGCUGAGUCAGUGAAAUCAAGAGCUGGAAGCUGUUCAGACUUCUUUUGAGCAGAAAAAAAAAUCCUACUAGAAAUUUAGGUCAAAACACCAACCGAAAGGAACGUGACACUAUCACACACAUACCCAUUUCCUAUUUGCCUCCUUUAACUCUUACUCAUAGCCCUGCACAAAUCUGUUUGCUACUACUACUACUACUACUACUUUGUACUGAUAUGGACACACUGGUACAAGAUUCCUCAUUAUUUCACUAGCUUUGGUCACGUUUCUUUUCCAAACUGACUGAACUGAAUGCAGCUCAUGUAAACAAGGGACUUUAGGAGAAAUUAAGCAAGUCCUGCUGUAUCACUCUCAUUGUUUGCCACAGUCAAAGCUUUAGCCAAAUAGAUCUAAAGCAAAGCAGGCCAUUAUCCUUUGUGAACCUUCCAGGGAUGCUGAGGUCUGGCUGGAAGGCAGCUGUACAUGUAAAAAAGGAACCAAUAAGAAGUUAUGACUGCAGGAAAACUGGACGUAAUUAUCAGUGGCUCUGACUGCCGUUGGCCCAAAUGAGACUGCUGUUGCAUUGGUAUUACAACACGGCAAAUUUAAAGAGAAAUUACUCAUUAUUUGUUAUCAGCAUUUGAUCCCAAAGAGAUUCUGAAUACUGAAGUUGAAGAACACAAUAGCACAGGCAGUAUUGAUGAUUAGGAUUGUAUACCUGUUGAUGUAUUGAGAACAGUGUUUGUCCUGGAUUGUUUCACACAAAGGGUUCUCACUCUGGCAGCACACACUACAGCAAUCAUGAUUCUUUCUUUUUUUAUGUUUUGGAUGUACAAAAAGCUAGAGUAUUAAUUUUCCCUACAGAUGUCGCUGCAUUGUAUCACAUCUGUUUAUAAAUAUUUAACAUUUUAUUUAAGAUGGGAAAUCUCCUAAAAUGAUCCUUUGUGUCUCAUUAACUGUUACCUCAACCUGUAUCAAGCAGAGCAAAUGGGUUUUUGCUAAAAGGAACGCUGAAGGUAUUCUUUCUCUCUGCCCAAUUGUUACCGGUUGUAACAAUCCUCAAUACACAGGUGAUAGUGACAUCAGCUGAUGGAUGGUGAACAGACAAAUAAAGACUUAACUUGCGUUUCCUCCAAAAGACUGCACAGCCAACAAGGAACAAAAAACUACAUUUCGUCAGCAUUGUGUAUCUAUAUGUAAAUGAUGUCACUUGACUGUAUAAAAUGUCAUACAUGAGAAUACUGGAGAUUACAGUCAUGCUAUAUGUGUUUGUUUAUUUAUUUGAGUAUCAAACGUUGAGGUCCAGAUUGUGAAAAUACUAUUUAUUGUAAUGUUAAAAGAAGAGGAAAGAGACCUGACAAUGAUGAUGCAGUUGGGUGUAUUUAAAAAAAAAUUAUUCAAUGACAUCUCACUCACCUUGUUGAUAGAAUGAAUGAUUGAAGUUGUUGUCUAUUGAUAAGAGGUUACCAUUACAAACUGUUUAUGCAGAUGUAUUUCAAAA